UACACCUCUGGUGAUGUUGUACAAGUGGUAGUGUACAUGGGAUGGUGUACACGUAAUGGAGUACACGUGAUGGAGUGCACUUGAUGUUUUACAUGUGAUGUUGUACAUGUGAUGCUGUUGAUGUCUUGCGAGGUGGGAUCAUUGUGGAAAUGGGUUUUAACAAAGAUACUGAAGCAUUGACAUGUAUUUUUGUGGGUUUAUUUUUUUAAAUUGUAGAGCCUAUUUAUCAUGUCCUGAGAUAUAAUGUUAUUGGAGCAAUAACUAAUCUUAGCCACCCCUUUCUAGCCUCUACUCCCUAGCCUCUACUCCCUAGCCUCUACUCCCUAGCCUCUACUCCCUAGCCUCUACUCCCUAGCCUCUACUCCCUAGCCUCUACUCCCUAGCCUCUACUCCCUAGCCUCUACUCCCUAGCAUCUUAUAUUAUUAUUAUUAUUAUCUGCUCCCUAGCAUCUACUUUCCUCUACUCCUUACCUUAUUGCUCACUACCCUAUCACUCCUUCCACUCUACUGUCUACUUGCCUCUAUUCCAUAUCAUCACACUCCCAACCCUCCACCACCUAUACUCUACUUUAUAUUCUUCACCCUCUACCUCCACCUCUUACCCCUAGUCCCUACCUAAACUCUUACUCCCUAUCCUCGUACUCCCCGUUAGGGCCGGCGCUAGUCAUUCUUAGGUUGGGUGAAAAUAGGCAAUCGUCGCCCUCUGGAAAAUUAUGGGGAGAGUUCAGAUUUUUAUUUUUUUUUAAUUUAAACAAAAGUUUCCCCCUUCGCGCCUGUGUGAUUAUCCCGCAUCGUUCCCGCCUUGAGCCGGCCCUGCUCCCCGUUAUUUCCUUCCCCUCACGCAUGGUCUCAUUACAUGCUUUAUACCCUGCUUCUUACAAUCACAACUGAUCUAAUUGAGCUUUAAACUCCACUACCCUCAUCCUUUACCCACCUUAACGAUCCUCAUUGUUUCAUAACAUUAACAACCUUCUUUAUUCUACAAAGCACUCUCUAUAGCACAUCUAUUAUCUUCGUUUUAAACACACCUAUGCUCUCCCCUCUUAUCCCUCACCACCUUAUCCUCUGCCCCCCCCUCACAAACACAGGUUCCCUCUUAUCCAGUGGCGACGCCAUCAAAUUUAACAUGGCGGGUCCCUUGCAGGUCUUAAAAAAAAUUGGCGGGUUCCAAAUAAAUGUAUUAAAAAUAAAAUUUAUUUAUUAAAUAAUAAUUAUUAAUCUACUAACUUAACCCAAAGUUUACAUACAUUGUCAAUUGUCAUAAUAAAUUUAUUUGAAUGUAUCAUAUUUGUAAGGUCAUUCACGUUUAUCUAGAGAAUCCACACUCUUGACACUCCACACUAUUGACCCAUUGACUCCAGAUACACUGACACAGGACAGGCCAAUUUCAUUUCAAAAUAAUUCUGCAGUUAGGAUACAUUUCCACGAAUUUGUCCACCAUACGUUCCAAAUCCAGUUUCUUGGCCCUCUGUGAAUGUAUCGAUAUUACAGCAAUAUUUGACACGCGCUCGUCAGUCAUGGCUGUGCGAAGAUGUGUUUUUAUUAAAGCUAGUUGACUGAAUGAUCUUUCUGCUUUGCAGAUGACACCGGUAUCGUGCAUCCGAUUUGCAGUAGUCGUUUACUUUCGUAGAAUGCCUCUUACAAGUUAAAAACUUGAAUUUUAUAUAUAUUACAUUUUAUGACGUUAAAAUGACUUUUGUUGUCGAUAAAAAUUUAAACAUAUACAGGCAUUUAAAAUGGAAGUUCUCUUACAUGUAAUGUAGUUUACGCUUAAUGAGCAUAUAUACAAUAUUAGUAACUAAUAAAAAUUUACCAAUUCAUUUGACAGGUCCAAAGUUUUUUUACCGGGUCCUGGGACCCGGCGGGACCUGGUGUAGCGUCGCCACUGCUCUUAUCCCCUUACCAUCGCUCGCCAACUAAUUUUUUUUUUUUAAAGUGUCCAAAAUUAAGGUUGUUUUACAAUCUAAGAAUGCAUUCAUCGGAAAUGUAUCAAGUUCACUGGCUUCAUUAUUAAUACCUGUAUACGGAACUUAUCCAAAAGUAGUACCAAAAAUUCUCACAAAACGAAACAAAUGUGGCGGGAGUAAAUGAAAGUAAAAUUAAAGCUUACGUAGGUUUACUCAUAUUGGUAAAUAAAAAGAUAAGCCUUAUAAUUUACAAGUUAAGUGGUGCAAAAUGGAAUUUGGUAAUAAGUCAAGGUCUAGAUUAAAUGCUUCAAAGAAACAUGCCUUUGAUGAACGGUAUCCACACCGCCUUCAAUUGUAUAAAGAUCCGCCGAACGAUACAAUUUCUCUGCAAGAGUUCGAGGAACUAGCAGUUGAACGACUGAAAGGUUGGUAAUAAUUUAAUCAAUAAUAAUGAUAAAAAUGUAAUAAUAGUAUUUGGCUAAUUUGGAGAGAUAGUACCCUGACGUCAUUUGCGUUUUUUGUCCCUAGUUCCGAUAGUGAUAGUGAUAGGGUCAAAACUCUGGUUCCGAUGCCGAUAGUAUAGCCUAUAAUACUAUAAUAGGGUCAAAACCCCAGGUUAGGGAUAAGUUAAGCUUAGAGGGUUCAGGUUAGGUUUUGUUUAGGGAUAGAUUUAGGGUUCAGGUUAGGUUUAGGGAUACAUUUAGGACAUAAAUUCGUGGGUUGCCACAGCCAAGAUGUCGGCUGCACAACCAAGAUGUAGGCUACUAUCUCUCCAAAUUUACCAAUAACAUAACAGCAGUAGGGGUGUGCCGGAUUCCGGUCCGGAAUCCGGUUCCGCUGGAUUUUGCACUAUCCGGUGAGAUCCGGUUCCGCCGGAUUUACAUGUAUCCGGAACAACCGGAUUCCGGAAUCCGGAAUAUACCGGAUUUCGGAAUUUGCCAGAUUUUGUGACUCACCGGAUCAUAAUCUGAAAUAAAAGUAAUUCUCUUUCCCGAAUUCCACACGAUCACGAUACAUUAAUCGAUUGUUUCGAGCGUUGAGCUUGUUUAAUGUUUAAUAUUCCGUACAUACCAGAGGCUAGAGUCAGCACCGCUAAUAGUGGCCAAUAGUGUAGGGACUUUGAUAAGAAAAUUUAAACUUUUUGUAAAAAUAAACCAAUGGCAUAGUUGAAAAGAUGUAAUUUUUUAAAGAAUUAUAACACCAAAAUCAUAUUUUUAGCUGUUGUAGUUUUAAAGUUAUGAAUUUUUAAAGUACGACUUGGUUUGUCAUUUUUUAACAUGGACUGCAUCUCCACAUUCUGUGAUCUCAUUCCACCAAUCCCGUCAUGCGCAAUGACUAUAUAGUUUAUAUAAGGCAACGCAUUCCCUGCCUUAUCACUAAAAUACUGUUUAGACUUAGUUUAAACUUUCAACUUUGGCACAUGAAUAAUUAAUUAAAGCUUUCCCUGACCAAUGGUUUAAUAGUUUUUGCACACGGCAAACUCUUAUGAAUGAAACUCUGAGGUAGUACUACGAUACAGUUAUGCAAGUGGCUGUGAAUGGUUGCCAAUGACAACGUGUUGCACACGGUAAAUUCUGAUCAUUUAUAAUAUGGAUUCUACCGGGUUGUUAAAGCUCAAAUUAAAACAUUCCAGUUUAAAUGUCUUUAAAUGCAUUCUGAAACACAAGUUAUCAAUUAUUUUGAUGUAAAUAGUGAUAAUAAAUUAAUAUUUCCUAAGUAUCGUCAACUUCCGCCAUUAAAAAGGGGGGCGUGGCCAACCCCAUGGCGAAAUUAGGUUGAGCGAGCUGCAUAACCUGCUGCGAACGCGUAGAAACAUGGCGUCUCUCGUAAGACACUUAUCCAAAUGGAACGGAACUCAAAUAUAUAUCGAAAGUACUAAUUUAAUAAUAAAUAGACACACACAUCGGAAAAUUAAAAACUCGGAUUUUUUGGCGCCGAUUGCGAAUUCCCAUACACAAAAAGUAGUAGUCCACCUUGACUUACCGAAGUAUCUACCAAUAGUACCAAAAUCCGGAAUCCGGGAGAAACCGGAAUCCGGAUCCGGCGGAUUUCGCAUAAGAAAAUCCGGAUCCGGUUGGAAAAAACGGAUCCGGCACACCCCUAAACAGCAGAAUACUUUCUGAGGGAAAUCCAAGACCCACAACCAAAGUCAAAGUAUGCAAGAUACUGAAGGCGAAGGGGUUAGUUAUUGUAGAGAAUGCAUUGGUCAUAUGCUGAUGACGUAGCACUGUUAUGGAAAAUUAGUCAAGACAUCAAAGUUAAAAUUGAAUUAGAAGAUGCUUCACUACAAGCAGGGCUGAGAGUUAACAACUAAAGUGACUAAAAAACAAAAUACAUGAAUAUGUUAAGAGAAGAACAGAAUUAGAAACCAUACUUUUUAAAAAGUAGAUCAAUUCAAAUAUCUAGGACCUUAUUAAUAAAUGAAAAAAAAAUGAAUCACUAAAAGAAAUAAAGGAUAGAAUGUUGGCCAGAAAUGGGCAUUCUUCAGUAGUCAGAAAAUACUCAAAAGUAAAAACAUUACAAGAAAAACAAUUAAAACUUUAUUUAAAACUGUAAUCAGACCAGUUGUAACAUACACAAGUAAAACUUGGACUCAACAAAAAUGGCAGAACACCUAUUAAACAAAUGGGAGAGAAAAUAUCUCCAGAAAAUAUAUGGACCAACAAAGGAUGAAAAUGGAUGGAAAAUACUAACCAACCAGGAAUUUAUAGACUAUAUCAGGAUCCAACGCUAGUAGCAGAAAUAAAAAGAGGCAGGCUACGCAGGUUGGGACACUUAAAAGAAGAACAGAGGAGUGAAGAGGGGGAAAUACCAAAUUCCCAGAUGAAAAUGGCUCAAAGGCAGACCUAUAUUUAGAUGGAUGGAUGAUGUGGAAAAAGAUCUACAGCCUCUAGGAAUCCAAGUAUGGAAAAGAAAAGAAUCAGUUAGGUCUUAGUGGAAGGAAGUGGUGAGUUAGCCAAAGCCUUACAUGGGAUGUAGCACGACAGGGAUGGAUGGUUUAAUAUUAUUCUAAUAAUAAAUAAUUCAAACUGUUAACACUAAUUUGACAAAAAAAUACUAAUUCACUGUUCCCUCUAACGUGCAAUAUUUGACUGACUGCUUGUGGUAACUGUUUUUGUUAUCGACUAACUAUACUAUACUAUACGAUAUGUCAUUCUGUAGGCACUGUAGUCAGUGCCGCCUAGUCCUUGUUUGUGAUUUUUUGUACUGCACCAUGAUUGCCAUGAAAUGAAGAAUGUCUCAAGAUGAUGAACCAUGACAGGACUGAUUAGAUAAUCAAGAGUAGAUGCACUCAACUGAUUUACUUCAUUGAGUUAUCAUGAGCCGGUUCAUUCAUUAAUUGAACUUAUGCUAGGUAUUAAUUAUGUUUAUUAAGUUAAGUACCCUACUUGUGAAGUUACUUUAGUAAAGUGUACCCUAAGGUUUUUCUAAUCAAAGUCAUGAAAUGUAAUGUAAGACACCGAGUGAAAGUGACAUAAACAUACUCUCACCACAUACCUCAUUUGAUAGACCAUCCAAAAAUGUUUGAAGCAAUAAUGAAGAAAAGAAAACUGGGUUUGCACCAGAAAACUUUAAAAAAAACAAAAAAAACAAGAAUAGUGACAGCUACAUUGUUUUUCUGUUUUAUUACUAUGCAUAAGUAGUAGUUUUGAAAGUGGUUGGUGGGAGGGGGGAGGCGGGAGGCUGAUUCUUUUUACCAACUCCGUGAUUGUUAUUGUUAAAAAAAAUGUUGGCUCUUAAGGGUUUUUGAGGCCUCUCUUUUACCUUAUGUGGACAUUUCUGACAGUAAGUUUCUUUAUGUAUCCUGGCUAUUGGGAUAACUAUCCCAUCUAAUUACAGCUUACCUUUUAUUUGGCAUCAGCAGCCUUUUCGUCUAUAUCCCCCACCUAGGGACAUCUACCACCACACCCACAGUAGUGGCAGCAAAAUUCCCCUUCCCCCGAAAACUUUGUGUGUGUGAUUCAUGGUUUUGAUGUUUAAUGCAGGAGUUGAUUAUGAAUGUUAGUAAUACAAAACUCUACAAUUGAAAAAUUGUUAGAAAUAUUGUUGACUAUUCAGUAAUACUAUUGAUAACAAACUAUUGCAAUUUUGCUAAUAGCUCAGUAGUUCUUCACAUUUUCAGUAAAUCAAAUUAUCAAAUUCUGUGAUUAUUAAAAAAAUUUUAAGCUAUGGUUAUUUUGGUUAUAAUUCUUAAAAUUCAUGGAAUGUGCGACUGUAUGACUGUGCAGUCAAAACAUGUGUGGUUCUAUAUUUAGAGUAUUGGAAUAUUGGAAUUCAAUUCUAAGCCUGACAAUUAAAAUAGACUCUUUUUUUUUUUAUUUUCUUAACAAAUUACAAACACACACACACACACACACACCCCCCCCCCCCCCCCCCCCCCCCCUACAAACACACACACACACACACACACCCCCCCCCACCCCCAACCUUCCCAUUGGAAGCAACUGCUCUCAUCCCCUUCCAAACCAACAGUACCAAACAACAUCUUAUUCUGCUUUUACUUUUAGUAUUAGGCAUUGGUAAGCUUAUCUAUAUGAAGUAAAUGGAUAUAUUUAUUGUCCAUUGCAGUACUGAAAGCUAUUGAGACCAUUGGCAUCACUCACCAGAAAGGGACACCUAAAUAUAAUGAGCUGUUGGAAAAAGAGAUAGCUGCUACAAAAUUUAAAGAUUGCUUCUUAAGAAAGACACUGAAUCAGACAGUAUGAUGAUUUUUGUUGGUUUAAAAAUUUUGUUAUGGAUUUUUUUCCCUAGUGCUUUAACCAAUAGAGUAUUGAGAAUACAAUACUUGGUUUUCAAAUGUAAAAAAAUUAUUAUAAGCUAUUUCAUUUUUAUUUACACCAUGUACAAUCAAAAUAGUGACUUAAAUUAAUCCUCUCUUGGGUAUGAUCACAAAGGAAAAAAUUAUUUAUUUUCAGAGAGAAAAGCAUCAUCGGUUAGUGCAUAUCAUUUCUGCUUUCAUAUCAUUUAUGGUUGCCAUUGUUUGGCUAAGUAAACAUUUAUCGGAUGAAGUCACUGUGAAUUGAGAGGAAAGAAAUUAUUCAGUUCAGAGUAAAAGUAUAUAAUUUUUAAAAAAAAAUUAAAAAGCAAACUAUGCUGGUGGUGACUACUUGGAUAAACCAGCUGUCUAUCAAUAACUUAAAAAAGUAAACAAGACAUCACCCAUGUCUUUAUGGAAUUCAGGCAAUGUAAUACCUGCCAAGCUACCAUUUUGUGUAACCUAGGCUGGCCAUUGUUUUGGGGGUUUAAAGAAAAGAACAUGAAUAGGUUAUUCCUUUUUUUUUUCCUUGCAGCAAAUGUUCUAAGACAGUACUUGAAAAAAAAAUAAUUCAAACCUAAUUAGUUAAAACUCAAUAUUCUCUUUUUUUUUUUCAUAGGAAGUAGAAUUGGACAACCGUCGUCGGGAUCAUAUGUCCCACUUCAUCCUAAGACUUGCUUACUGUAGAUCGUAAGUUAAUAUUUUCAUAAAUAGUCAGACUUUUAACGUUUAACAUGAGUUGGCUUAUUGUAUUACAAAUAUAACGUUAACAGUUUGUUUAUUCAAAUGUGGGUUUAAUUUAUUUUUUUUUGAAAUUGCCCUUGUGCACCAAAUCAUUAUUCAGACAAUGGUCAAGGAAUGCACUUUUAUAAACAAUAUUUGUUUUACAGUAAUAAAUUAAAGUAGUUCAAGAUCCUAAUGUAAGCUUAUUUUUAAUAGUAUAUUUGCCAUAUUUUUAAAAAAUUGUUUGCUCUUUCAGCAUUGUUUCCCACUUUUUUAAAUUGUCGAUAUUUUCAUUGUUUUAAUCUUUCAUUUGCAGAGAGGACUUGCGCAGAUGGUUCCUUGCACAAGAAUUAGAUUUGUUUCGUUUUCGUUUCCAAACAGAGGACUCUGAGAGCAGAAUUCAAUUUUUGUCAUGUAAUGAUCUUAAAUAUAAACCUGUGAGUUUAUUGACAAUAUUCUGACUUCAGCAUUAGGACAUCUCAAAUCCCCUUAUGGUGACGCAAAAUUCUAUUACUCUGUUUUAAUUAACUUAAGCCUUUUCGAUUAUAAUAAUCAUUGGGGGCUUUUCCAAUAAAUAUAUCAAUUGAGUUUCGAUUUCAUUAUAUAUACAGUAUACAGCAAACAACAUUUCUGCCACUAAUCCGCUUCAAUAUAAAAUUAUUACUAAAACUAUCAUUAGUAUGUUUGGUUUUAAUAAUUCAGGUUGUUGUUGUUUAUUUUAAUCCUUCCUCAGGUUUCUAAAGAAGAACAGGAAUUUGUGACCAAACAAUUAGAUGGUCCCGACCACAUGAGCAAUGCCAGUGAUAUUGAAUACUACAAGGUACAAAUAAACAGUGGGACUGUCUUAAAUUCGAUUUGAAAUGGGACACACCAUUAUGCUGCUAAAGUUAAAAUUUUGUUGUGUUUAUUAAAGCACUGCCGCCGAACUUGUAAUUUUUGCCUUAUAUUUGCCUUUACACAUUCAGGCAAAGGUUUAUGUUCACAUUAAAAUUCUAUAAAUAUUUUCUUUCUUCUACUCUGUUUUAACAUAUAUUUUUUAAAUUUAACACAUUUGUCACUAAGUUCGUCAGUCACUAAAUUCGUCAGUCAUUAAGUUCGUCGGUCACUAAGUUCAUGUCAUCUAUGGCAAAUUUUGUAAAUGUAACGGUAAAUCAAAAGAGUGAUUAAUGUCAAUAUAUAAAAAUUUUACCUUUAAAUGUUUGUGUGUACGGAUGUUGAUAUGUGAGUUUAUAGAACUAUCAACUACAAGACACAAAACUAAAAAAUCUACACAUUGCACAAAAAAUGUUUCCAGUUUCAAAAUACAGCAGCAUAAUCAAUGGUUUUAUCAUUUUGCUGUUUAAGGAUUCUCUGCAGAGACUGAUAGCAGUUUAAAGCCAAAUGCUUUAUUGUUUUUAUAUUUUAAACUUUUGGACUAAAAACAUUUUGACACGCAAAGAUCUGUAUAGAUAAAUGUCAUACACAUAAUUACAGAAUAGUCAUUUGAAAACUGAAUAAUUUCAGGUUCCAUUUUUGGAAGCCUUAGACUUGGUAAGAGGAAGAAAAGUUUUCCUUCUGUCUGGUUAUGCCUAUGUGGCCAGAGAGGAUCUUGUGUCUAUUUUAUUGUCAGUGUACAGGACACAGUUAUCUCAUGCUCUGACGGUAAGUGACUUUUCUUUUUGUUUCACAAUGUUCAGCCUUACACAUUAUUAAGUUUAAUUUUCUUCACCUUAUGUCUGUGAUACCAAGCUACCAUAUUGUGUGACCUAAGUUUUUUUUAUUAAAAGAACACUUUAAGUCAUAUCAACCAAAGUUCUUAUUCCCAUUUAAUAUAUCAUUUUAUUUUAUACAAGGUUACUUCUCGAGCAUUGCCCAGUAUGGAGGAAGAUGGACGAUUGUUACCCAUGCUUUGUGGAUUGAGUAAACGGUAUUUGGGUCAAGACUACAGUGCGAAAAAACAAAAUGUGGGAGUAAUUACUGCAGACAUGAUUGAUUUGGUAAGUCAAGACUUACUUUAAGGGGAGCUUAAUCCCCAGUACAAGUUUCCAGUUAAUGUAGUUUUGAUACUCCUUGUUUGUAUGUCCUUUCUACUCAAUGGUAUAUGAUAUUAACAACAUAAUAAUAUUAGGGGUAAUAAGGGGAGAGACUGCAAUCAGGUUAGUACAAAAUAAAAUGAGUAAAACAGAGUAUGGUUAAACCUGAAAAAUUAAACGCAACAAAACAGCGAACGUGUCGGCAGAAAGCCUUCGUCAGCGAGGCCGCUGGCUGAAAUUGGAAUAUUUUGAAAAGUUUAUAAUAAUUUAAAAACCUUUGCGGCCGUGCUUCCAACAUCUCACCAAAGUUUUAAGUUUUAUUGCAAUCGGAUAAAUGGCGUAGGAGCGCAUAUGAAAAUUAUUUUUUACAAAGCUCAUAUUAGAAAAAAUACGAAUUAAGGGCCAACGGCCGAAAACAGAAUGUUUUUAAAAGUAUUUAAAUGACACAGUAAAAUGCACUGGCGCAUGGACAACAACUCACUAAGUUUUGUAGCAAUCGCAUGAUUGGUGUAGGAGCGCAUACGGUUUGAAAAUAUAUUUAUAUAGCUCAUAUUAGGAAAAACGAAUGGCUAAGAAGUUAACUUCUAGUGCUGCCCACAGAUACUACUUACCAGCUAAGUGCUAUUUCUUAUUUUUAUAACGUUUUUUCUGUUGUUUUGUUCGCUGACGAAGGCUUUCUGCCGACACGUUCGCUGUUUUGUUGCGUUUAAUUUUUCAGGUUUAACCAUACUCUGUUUUACUCAUUUUAUAAUAAUAUUACCUCUGUUUCAGCUUUCAAAGAAGUCAUUCCCUCUUUGCAUGCAAAACAUACAUAUAUCAAUGAAACAGAAUCAUCAUUUGCGUCAUGGAAGUCGAUUGCAAUAUGGACUCUUCUUAAAAGGCAUUGGCCUAUCUCUUGAGGAGGCUGUCAAGUUUUUCAGAACUGAAUUUAUAAAGAGUAUGGACGUUGAUACGGUAAGCUAAAACACAGUCUAAAUUUAUGUAUAAUUUUGGUGUGUUUUAAUUGAUAUUUUAAGUGCUACUAAUAUUUGUACUUUAGAGUUGGUUUGAGUAUUUUAAUUUGCUAAAUUUAAUUACAUUUUUUUUUACUUCAGUUUGAUAAGAAGUAUUCGUAUGGCAUACGCUAUAAUUAUGGAAAGGAAGGAAAGAAAACUGACUACACUCCUUACGGAUGUAUGAAAAUAAUAAUGAAUAAUGCUCCAGCUGCUGGAGAUUCCCAUGGUAAGAUUGGCAACACAGAGAUUUAUAGAAAUAAGCAUUGUAGUUUCAUGCCUGUAGCUACAGCUACAUCUACAGCUACAUCUCUUGUUAAAGCUGUCUUCUUAAAUUUAUCCAAAUGUCUAAAGCUUAAGAUAUAAAUACUUUUAUUAUAGUUAAUUUCUCUCCCUUUUCAAAUAGGUUGUCCCUUCAGACAUUUUGAUGCAGAUUUCCUUAAGCAACGAAUAUCAACACAGGGAAUUUCUAAAGAAGGAAUCGAUGUUGUGAGUUUUUUUUAUUUAAGCUGCUUAAUUUUCCAGUCGGAUAACUAAACAAAAACAAACAAAAGCCAUUCCCUCAAGAAUUCAUUUAUUGCACAUUUUGAAAGCCUUAAAAUUCCUUUGUCAUUUAAACUUGUGGUUCAGAUUAGAAUUGAAAAAUAAUUUAAAGAUUUUUUUUGGUUUGCAUACUUACAGUAAUGGAACAGAUUCAGUCAGUGUCUACCGGGAUCACAUAGCUUUGUUUGAAAUUAAUUUUUAAACUUUGAUGAUUCUGAAUUUUUUGUUAUUUAUAAUCCAGUUAGAUCUAAGGUAUAUUUUUAAAAAUUAUUAAUUAAUUUAUACAAACAAAAUUAAAACAUAAUAAAAAAAUAAAGGAAGUGGGACCUUUACGAUGUUUCCAGUUUUCUUGUCUUUUUCCCUUCCUAAGUAACAGAACAAUAUGUAUAAGACUAUUAUUGUUAUUAUAGAUAUAUUAAGUAUAUUUAGCUUGCACACACUGAAAUGUAACAGUUAGGCAAAUACAAUUAUAAUACAUAUUCUUAUGCAUACAACUACCUCAUGCAUAGUACGUUAGUCCUGGGUGUGGAGUGACAGAUGCAGAGUUGGGGGGCGGACGGGGAAACCAUCAAUAGCUUUAUGUUGAAUUUACGUGACCCUAACCCCAUUAUAAAGCAGUUACUGUUUAUCGUUCUGUUUUCCCCUAAUAAGUAAAGUCAACCUGAAACUUCAUUUAGCCAUUGGAGGUCAUUUGAUUGUUUAGAACUUAGGCAUUCAACAACAAAAUUCAAAAUCUUGUUUUACGGCUGUAAUUUUAGGUGAUGAAGUACACCAAGGGAGGUCACUAUCAGGUAGCAUGUGCCAAGUUUUUUGAAUUGACACAUGGUAUCAGUGAUGCUAACAGCGAAGUAGAAAUGGUCAUUCAGCAUCCCAACCAGUAUUUUGAACACAGUCAAAAACUGCUACAUGGUCAGUAACACUUGCUGCUUUAAAAUCUCCUUUUUUUAAGAAAUACUUUUCUUAACUUAUUUGUGAAAGUCUUUUUUUUUCACUUGUUAAGUGAUAGUUAAAAUAUAAUUUAAGUCAGCUUAAUCUUCUUCAUUCUGCUCUACCAUGAGACCCACAUAAGACAAGGCAUGCAGUCUUCAGCAGUCUUCUCCUUUAACUGUAGUUUUUCAUGAAGUGGAGUUCAUGUCAGAACUGUCUUUGAUCAAUCUCAUGUGCUAUGUAUGCUUGGGACAGUUGAGGGAAUUCAGCCAUUGUCCUAAUUCAAUCACUUUGUGUUUUUUUUAUCAUAUACAUAUAAUACGACCAUUGUCACACUGUGACCGACCAUCGUCAAACUGUGACCGACGGAUGCCAUCAAAAAAAAAAGAAAUAAGGAUAUUUAAGAAGAUGGUUGUGGCCCAUUAAAUUUAAAAGUCACGUUUUCCAUUUAUGGCUAGCUGUCUGGGUUUUCAUAGCUCUACUUUUUAAAAAAAAUUUGUUAUUACUUAGUAAAAAUGAAGUAGAUAAUAACUCUUGCUUUAUUGAAUCUAGUUCAUAUAGGUUUUCAUUUUUUUUUUUUAAUUUUUGUAUGAUGUUUUCUAAGGUUUUAAAGUAUAUUUAUAAAUUUAAAAAAAAAAAAAAAUCAAAUUUUAAUUUGCCAAUUUUCUUAUUACAUUUAUUUUGAAAAGAAAAAGUUAUUACUUAGUAAAAAUGAAGUAGAUAAUAACUCUUGCUUUAUUGAAUCUAGUUCAUAUAGGUUUUCAUUUUUUUUUUUUUUAAUUUUUGUAUGAUGUUUUCUAAGGUUUUAAAGUAUAUUUAUAAAUUUAAAAAAAAAAAAAAUCAAAUUUUAAUUUGCCAAUUUUCUUAUUACAUUUAUUUUGAAAAGAAAAGCUAUUGUAACAGGAUUGUGCCUUUUAAAAAAAAUAUGCAGCAUAUUUGUUUUUACUUUGAUCGUUUUACUUAUAAUUGCAAUUGACUUAUAAAAGCUCAACUCAUACAAAAUCCACUUUGUUCUGUACCUAUAACCAUGUUUUUGUUGUUGGUAAAUGUUUUUUUCAUGAAUUUAAAAAAAAAAAACCUUCAAUUUGAUUUUCUAGGACCAGCUAAACCUAUAUCCACACCAAGGGGUGUUAAGAUUGUCAAUAGUAAUUCCCAGGCCUCGAAUAGUACAAGUCAAGUUGUUAAAGCAGAACCUAUGGAUGAAGAUACAAACGCCUUAACACAAGAACAGUUAACCUUUCUCGACCAUGACAUGUAAAAAAAACUUUCAUUUUUCCCAUAUCAAUUUAAAAAUUAUGACAAUUAGCUGAUGUUAUUUAUGUUAUAGUGUUAGCCCAUAAUGAUUAGAAAUGAGCUGAUUUCUUACUUGGAAUUCCGAGUCAGAAAUACUUAAGCAAAUAAUGUAUCAUUAUGAAUGAACUAUGAACUUGCAAUAUUCUUUCCUUGUGAUCUGUUUCCAUGUUAUGAAAUAGGAUUACAAUUUCAUUCACAAAUAGACCUUUCAACCAAGCCUCCUUGGUUUUAAAAAUUAAAAUAUUUUCUGAAUAACCAAACCUAAAACCUAAAUUAUCUG